ACAAAAUAUUCAUAUAGAGAGAUACAUAAUUUAUAUGAUUUGGAGAAUGAAGAGCUUUGAAGAAGCAAUUGCUCUUCUGCUUCUUGUUACUCUGUUUUUCAUAGCAGGAGCAGAAGCAAAAGCGGAAACAGAAGCAGGUGUUGAUAGGAAGCAAUUCCCAGCUGACUUUCUCUUUGGGACAGCCACAUCUUCAUAUCAGAUCGAGGGUGCAUAUUCAGAAGGUAACAAGAGCAUGAGCAAUUGGGAUGUAUUUACUCGCAUACCUGGAAAGAUAUUAGAUCACAGCAAUGGAGAUGUUGCAGAUGACCACUAUCACCGUUACAUGGAGGACAUUGAGCUAAUGCAUAACCUUGGAGUAAACUCAUAUAGAUUUUCAAUAUCAUGGACCAGAAUCCUUCCAAGAGGCAGAUUUGGGCAGAUAAAUCAAAAUGGCAUCAUAUUCUACAACAAUCUUAUAGAUGCCUUGCUUGAUAAAGGAAUACAACCAUUUGUUACUUUAUGCCAUUAUGAUAUUCCUCAAGAACUUGAAGUUAGAUAUGGUGCAUGGUUAAGUCCUCAAAUACAGAAAGAUUUUGCAUACUUUGCAGAUAUAUGCUUUAAAGCAUUUGGUGAAAAAGUAAAGUAUUGGAGCACAUUAAAUGAACCAAACAUUUUGGCAACAUGGGGAUAUAUGAAAGGCGAAUACCCUCCAGGUCGCUGUUCCCAGCCUUCUUGCCCAUCAGGGGACUCUAGAAUAGAACCAUAUGUUGUUGCUCACAAUCUUAUACUAUCUCAUGCCGCAGCUGUCAACAUAUAUAGAAAGAAAUAUCAGGCAAAACAAGGAGGGUUUAUUGGCAUUGUCAUGGCUGCAGUUUGGCUUGAGCCAUUUACAAAUACUCCUGCAGAUAAACUGGCUACCUCACGUGGUCUGUCAUUUGAAGUUCCUUGGUUUAUAGAUCCAAUAAUUUAUGGAGACUACCCGCCAGAAAUGCGACAAAUUCUGGGAUCAAGAUUGCCAAAAUUCUCUUCAGAUGAUAAACAAAAACUUCAAAAUAAGCUCGACUUUAUUGGGAUUAAUCACUACUCAUCUUUCUAUGCAAAAGACUGCAUGUUUUCACCAUGUGAUUCUGAUACAGAAGGCAACGGAUAUGCUUACUUCACUGCACAAAAGGAUGGGCAAAUCAUUGGUGCUAAGACUGGUGUUGAGAACUUCUACGUGGUUCCAAGAGGCAUGGAAAAUAUUAUUUUGUAUGUCAAGGAACGAUAUAACAAUACCCCUAUCUUCAUCACAGAGAAUGGGUUUGGGCAAGAGGGUAGCAGAAAUCCAUCCAAUGAAAUAAUGAAUGAACUGCUGAAUGACAAAGAAAGAGUGGAGUAUCAUAGAACCUACCUUUCUUCAUUAAUGAGAGCUAUCAGGAAAGGAGCUGAUGUGAGGGGUUAUUUCAUAUGGUCUUUGAUUGAUAAUUUUGAGUGGUCAAGUGGAUAUAGCAAAAGAUUUGGGCUCUAUCAUGUGAAUUACAACACUCAAGAGAGAACUCCAAAAUUAUCAGCAAAAUGGUAUAAGCAAUUUCUUGGUGAGAAGCCAAAGCUAGCCUCCCAAUAA